AGCACACAACACUCAAACCAAACCCAAACUCCCACUCCACAUCACCCACACGCUCAAAAUGCCCGGCAACUCCACUUCCAACCCCAGCGGCAACAACGCCGGCGGCGGUGGCGGUGGCAAGCAGAUGACGUCCUCCGACGCGUCGCGCAUCCAGUCUUCUCAGGCUCGCGGCGACGGCGACAUGACGUCCAGCGGCUUUGCGGCGCGCGCCCAGUCCGCUGGUGCGCACAACGCGAAUGCUGGUGGCCAGGGUCAGACUCAGGGCAAGGGCGGAAAGUAGUGCUGGCUGGCUUGGUUGGGUCUUCUCUGGCGGAUUGGCUCUGCCAUGACGAUGUGGUGGUUUGGCGGAUCUGGGCUGGGGAUGACUAAAUGAAUGAACUGCUUGGAAGAUUGGGCGGUGGGCUUGCAUGCCUUACUCCUAG